AUGACCGCCACACGGGACACACUUAAGCGCAGUUACGUCCAUCAUAUACACACCGGCAUCCUUAACCUCCUGAUGACUGCCGCCACGCAGGACCUCCGCGCCAGGUACGUCCAUCGCCAUACACCACACCAUCCUAACCUCCUGAUGACCGCCACUUACCGGGACGUCUCAUCGCCACUAGCACCAAGAGACAAUGUCACUCUCCUCCUGGCCUGCGACCCUGGACAGUAUAUCACCAUAGAUGCCGUGUUGGUUGGGCCUCUAACCUCAGACUGUAAGGUCAGCAAGGAGUGCGGCAGCCCAUCAGCCAACAUCUCACAGCUGCCUGGAGUCAUCGCUUGUAACGGCCAAGGAAGUUGUAAUGCGUCGCUGCAGUUAGCCGUCACCUGUAACAACAGCUUCCGGUCAAAUUAUGCCGUGGAGAUACUUUACAGGUGUUUUCGAUCUUCCGCACACCCGAUUUCAUCAGAAGAAUCCACAACUGAAAGCACCAUGUCAUCAACAGAAAGAAACAUGUCACCGACAGAAUCCACGUCCGGAAGUACCUUGAAACCACCAGAAUCCACGUCCGGUCGUACCAUGUCACCAACAGAUUCCAUGACCGGAAUUACCUUGAAACCAACAGAGUCAAUGUCACCAACAGAUUCCAUGACCGGAAGUACCAAUUCACCAACAGAAUCCAUGACCGGACGUGCCAUAUCACCAACAGAUUUCAUGACCGGAAGUACCAUGUCACCAACAGAAUCCACGUCCGGAAGUACCUUGAAAUCAACAGAAUCCACGUCCGGAAGUACCAAAUCACCAACAGAGUCGACGACCGGAAGUACCUUAUUACCAACAGAAUCGAUGACCGGAAGUACCAUGAAACCAACAGAAUCCACGUCCGGAACUGCAAUGAAACCAACAGAAUCCACGUCCGGAAGUACCAUGUCGACAACAAAAUCUACAACAGAGUCCCGAACUAACGCUAGUGUCCACGGUGUUGUUGUAUUGCUGGUGUUGGUGGGUGUGAUGGUCUUCACUACACUGCUAGUGACCUGUCUCCUCUGUGUGUACAGGAAACCCUGGAAAAAGGACCAGUCUUCCAUCGUAUCGCCCAACACGUGCACACACUUAAACCACGCGAGUGCACCUGUCGUUGCCAACCUAUACUCUGAAAUGACCUCUGGAGACGAGAAUGUGGUGCAUAUGUCCAGUUUGGAGAACAUUGGGCAGAUGGCAGAUAGUGACCACUGGACUCCCCUCACUGUCCGCCAGGGACACAGUGCAGUGAAGUACAGUGUGAGUCGGGUGGAGAACGGUGAAGGAGGUUGUCCAGGAGACCGUGUGUACGCCCAACUGGACAUCCCCAGUGCACUACUGGGAGAUUGAGGUUGGGAAGGAGGACUCCUUCUGUGUUGUCCAUUCUCAGGUAAACCGUGAUGACGUCAUGCUACAGGAGCUGACCCUACAGAAGACAUCGCAGACACGCCACAUAGCAGAUUCACCCACAGAUCAUCCCCCACGUCAUCUUCGUACCUGUGAGAUGGGAUUUGCCGGAUCUGAUAGCGGAGACGUGUUCGAAGAAAGUUCAAUAUAUGAACCCCUCUCCGACUUUAACCGCCUUUCGGUAC